AUGGCAGAAGCACCCGCUCUCAGUGUACAAAUAGUUCGUGGUUUAAACGAUAGAGUUUACGAGAAACGUAAAGCAGCUGCAUUAGAAAUAGAAAAAUUAAUUAGAACGCAUUUUGCUUCUAAUAAUGUAGAAAAAAUUAAAAGUAUUAUUGAAAAACUCACUCAAGAUUUUGCUUACUCUGCACAUCAAAAUUCACGUAAUGGAGGUCUAAUAGGUUUAGCAGCAGCCGCAAUCGCUUUAGGGCCUGAUGUGGCACCCUAUUUAGAUGAUAUUGCUACGCCAGUUCUUCAUUGCUUUACUGACCAAGAAUCACGCGUAAGAUAUUAUGCGUGUGAAAGCAUGUAUAAUAUUGCAAAGGUUUCUAAAGGCGAGAUUUUGAGAUAUUUUAAUGAGAUUUUUGAUGCAAUGAGUAAGCUAGCCGCAGAUGCUGACUUACCAGUGAAAAAUGGAACAGAACUAUUGGAUAGGUUAAUUAAAGAUAUUGCAGCAGAACAAUCAACCACAUAUGUUUCAGUUUUAGAUGCCCCAAGCCUUGUUUCAAAUGACGAUCAAGAUUUUUCAACGGAUCCAAUGAAUAUCCCAAGAACCACAGCAUUUUCAUUACCAAAAUUUAUUCCAUUGUUGGCUGAACGUAUUCGUGUUAAAAAUCCAUUCACACGAUUGUUUUUAGUUUCAUGGAUUACAGUAUUAGACUCAAUACCAGAUCUUGAAUUGGUUUCUUUUUUACCAGAUUUUUUAGAUGGACUAAUAAAUUUUUUGAGUGAUCCCAAUGAAGCUGUGUGUGUUUCAACUUCCAACGUCUUGGCAAAUUUUUUAACAGAAAUACGUGAAGCUGUUGAGGAUUACUAG